AUGAAGCUCUCUUUAACUUUCGCAUCGUCGCUGCUAGUCGCGGCCGUCGCCGCCCAGAACGGCACCUAUACGAACGGCACUGGCACACCCGUCUACAAGAACCCGAAUGCAACCAUUGACGACAGAGUGUCUGACCUUCUCAAGCGCAUGACCAUUGAGGAGAAGACUGCUCAAUUAAUCCAGGGCGAUAUCACCAACUAUCUCAACCUGACCGAUGGUACUUUCAACCAAAGUGGUCUGACAUGGCUUGCGGAGAAAAGAUCCAGCUCCAUCUGGACCGGUCUCUACACCAACCUUACUACCCUCGCGUAUGGAGCCAGGGUGGCCCAGGACUACUUGGUGCAUAACACGACGCUGGGUAUCCCGGCUUUCAUCCAGAGCGAAGGAAUCCACGGUUUCCUCGCCCUAAAUGCUACCAUAUUCAACUCGCCCAUCGCUCACGGCUGCUCUUGGAACCCUCAAUUGGUCGAGAAAAUGGCCAGAAUCAUUGCUAUCGAGUCCAAAGCUCUCGGGGUCAACCAGCUCUUUGCCCCCAAUGUCGAUUUGGCUCGUGAGCUGAGAUUCGGCCGUGUUGAAGAAUGCUAUGGCGAGGACCCCUUCUUGGUUGGCGAGUACGGCUACUCCUACACAAAGGGCUUGCAAGAGGAGGGCGUCUGCGCCAUGAUCAAGCACUUUGCUGCCUUUGCUACCCCUGAGCAGGGCGUCAACACUGCCCCCGUUCACGGCGGCCCCCGAGAGCUGCAUACCACCUACCUCCCUCCGUUCAAGCGCGCCAUCAUUGACGCCGACGCUUGGAGCGUCAUGUCUUCUUACAAUUCCUACGACGGCGUUCCGACCGUGACCGACCAUCACCUAUUGACCGAGAUUCUCCGCGAGGAAUGGGGCUACGAAUACUACGUCAUUUCUGACGCUGGCGGCACCGCUCGUGUGAGCUCCGCUUUCCUCAUCUGCGGAGAGACGGACGAUUCUUGCAUCACCCUGAGCACCCUGCCUGCCGGUAACGACGCUGAAAUGGGCGGUGGCCGCUACAGCUUUCAGUACGUUCCCGAACUCGUCGCCAACGGGACUCUGCCCGAGAACAUUGUCGACACCGCCGUUUCCCGUGUCCUUCGUGCCAAAUUCAAGUCCGGCCUUUUCGAGCACCCUUACACCGGCGUCCCCAACGACAAGUUCUUUGACUACGUCAACACCGAGGAGCACCGCAAGGUUGCUCGUGACCUGGACGCUGAGAGUAUCGUUCUGCUCGAGAACCACAACGAGACCUUGCCCCUGAAGAAGGAUGCUCAUGUCGCCGUCAUCGGUCCCAUGGCCCACGGCUAUGUCAACUACGGCGACUAUGUCAUCCACACUGCCAUGGAGCGUGGUGUCACUCCCUUCGACGGUAUCAGGGCCGCCAGCGAGGGCAUCGUCACCUACGCCAAGGGUGGAGAGCGCUGGUCCAACGACCAGUCCGGCUUCCCCGAAGCCAUCGCUGCUGCCGAGGCCGCCGACGUCGCCGUCGUGGUUGUGGGAACCUGGUCCCGCGACCAGAACGAGCUUUGGGCCGGUCUGAACGCCACCACUGGUGAGCACAUUGACGUCCACGACUUUAAGCUCGUCGGCGCCAUGAGCCACCUGGUCAAGGCCAUCAUUGAUACUGGCAAGCCCACCGUCGUCGUCUUCAGCUCUGGAAAGCCCGUCACUGAGCCUUGGAUCUCGGACGAGGCCGGUGCGUUGGUCCAGAUGUUCUAUCAGGGCGAAGAGGGCGGUCAUGCACUGGCCGACAUCCUGUACGGCAACGUGAACCCCUCUGGAAAGCUCUCCGUAGCCUUUCCCCACGACGUCGGCACCACCCCCGUCUACUAUGACUACCUCAACUCGGCCCGCGCAUCCCCCAACCCGGGUAAAGAGUACCCUAACGGUACUCUGGUCUUUGGCAGCAACUACGUUCUAUCGUCUCCUCUGCCGCUGUAUGAGUUCGGUUACGGCCUCUCCUACAGCAACUUUAACUACGCCGAUAUCAGCGUCUCCUCGUCGACCGUUUCCCCGACCGACACCGUCACGCUCAACGUUAAAGUGACCAACAACUCGACCCGCGACGGCGCCGAGGUCGUUCAGGUCUACAUCAAGGACAUGAUCUCGUCUGUCGCCGUUCCCAACAAGCAGCUCCGCGGUUUCUCAAAGGUCUUCAUCAAGGCCGGCGAGACUGCCAACGUCUCCAUCGAUCUGCCCGUCUCCGGCUGGGGCCUGUGGAACAGGAAGCUGCAGUACGUCGUCGAGACGGGCGACUUCACCGUCCUAGUUGGCUCUUCCAGCGAUGAUAUCCGUGGCAACGCCACCGUGACUGUCGUAUAG